UUACGGCGGCGGCGGAGACGGUUCCGGCGGGUGACUUCCUGGAUGCGGCCCACGCUUCAGGGUUCGCCGCGUGGCUGCGCAGCGUGCGGCGGCGCAUCCACCAGUACCCGGAGCUGGCCUUCCACGAGUACCGCACGAGCUCGCUCGUCCGCGCCGAGCUGGACACGAUCGGCGUGUCCUACUCCUGGCCCGUCGCCCAGACCGGUGUGGUGGCCACGAUCGUCGGCAGCGGCGGCGCUGGGCCCGUGGUCGCGCUCCGGGCGGACAUGGACGCGCUCCCCUUACAGGAGUUGGUAGAUUCGGAAUACAAAAGCCAGGAGAGUGGGAAAAUGCAUGCUUGUGGACAUGAUGCUCACACAUCAAUGCUUCUGGGAGCUGCUAAGCUACUUCAUUCUUGGAAGGAUUACAUCAAGGGUACAGUGAAGCUUGUCUUCCAGCCAGCAGAAGAAGGAUAUGCCGGGGCGUACCAUGUCCUAGAAGAAGGUGUUCUAGACGAUGUGUCCGCCAUUUUUGGUCUGCAUGUCGACCCAAGUCUUCCAGUGGGUACCGUCGCCUCAAGGCCAGGUCCGUUCAUGGCAGCAUCUGGCCGGUUUUUGAUAACGGCCACUGGGAAAGGCGGUCACGCAGCGAUGCCAAACCAUGCUGUCGACCCCAUCGUCAUGGCAUCCUCUGCCAUCAUCAGCCUCCAACAAAUCGUAGCCCGGGAAAUCGAUCCCCUCCAAGGCGCGGUGGUCUCAGUAACAUUCGUGAAAGGAGGCGAUGCUUACAAUGUCAUUCCUGAGUCAGCUUGCUUCGGUGGCACGUUCAGGAGCUUGACAACAGAAGGUCUAUCAUAUCUUAAGAAGAGGAUCAAGGGGAUUGUGGAAGCGCAAGCCGUCCUGAGCCGCUGCACUGCCACCGUCGACUUCAUGGAUGAGGAGGGCCGGCCAUACCCAGCCACCGUCAACGACGAAGGGAUGUACGAUCAUGCCAGAUCAGUGGCAGAGGCUAUGCUUGGAGAAGGCCACGUCAAGACAGGUGGCCCAAUGAUGGCCGCGGAGGAUUUCUCGUUCUACACGCAGAGAUUCCCAGGGGCAUUUUUCAUGAUAGGAACCCGCGACGAGGCCAUGGCAACCGCGGUGCAUCCACUCCACUCCCCCAACUUUGUGAUCGAUGAGGGUGUGCUCCCGGUGGGAGCUGCCUUCCAUGCUGCUGUGGCGAUGGAGUACUUGAACAAGCACGGAACCGUGGCAAAAUAGAUUACUGAUGUCCGUUCGAAAUUUAGGAUGUUGCAGUGGGCAGCCUGCCGAUUACUGUUACUAGGAUGGGUGUGUGCAUUCAUAGGUACUGAGUCGUAACACUCCCUCCGUCCCAUAAUGUAACAGCGUUUUUGACACUAUACUAGUAUCAAAAUCGUUUUUGUAUUAUGGGAUGGAGGAUGUAGUUGUUAUGAUGUGAUUGCGACAUGGAGCUAAGAUCAUGAGUGUUUGCUAGUA